CCAACAGACCCGGCAGCACAGGGGUGAUAGAGGGCUGGGGGGAAAUCCUCAUGCGAGGCGAGGAUGGGCUUUUUCAGAGUGCUUUUCGCGCAUUUGGAACACAGACCGGUGGUUAAAUUGACAAUAUGGCUGUAUAACGCAUGAAUGUAGUCUCGGUGUCGCUGCAGGCCGCACUAGGCCCGGGUUUGCUGGUUUAUCGCUGUUCUGGGUGGCUGGUCCGAAGCUAAUGGCGUUCUGAAUUUGGAAACGUCCCUCAGCAAGGGCGAUUAGAUGGCUGCUCGGUUGCAUCUUAACCGGACACGCCGUGCUGGGAACGACUGUUUUGUCCAGUUUUUGAAUGCUUUUGUCAUUUUGUGUAGUGUUGUGCGAAUAGCUAGAUAUCUCUUUGUUUUGAUGUCAAGCAAGAAAGGAAAAGAAGCGCGCGUUUUAGCCCGCUAGCUAUCUGUUAGCAGGAAUCGCUACGGUAAAAACAUUAACCCUGUUGCUAGUUUUGCUUAGCUUUUGAAACAGUGUCGCUUUAUUCCACACAAUACCUAGUUGGGUUAUCGAGACGACUUGAACUAACGAAGUCUAAUUUUGGUGUUGUGGCUAUGGCCUAUAAAACGGCAAUUAAUUCGUUGCUAAUCUGGUUUGGUAGCAUUAGCUUACCAGCUAGCUAAAAUGCCAUGAUGAAAUUUGGUGGAAGAUGCGUCAGAAUGGUGAUCACAAACGGGUAAAAUAAAGGGUAACUUCGCUAAAGGCAUAGGCUACAAUUUAUUUUCUGUUUAGAAACUAAGUUAUCUGAGACGUUGUUUCGCAGACUUUGGGGAAUGGUAAUUAAUAUAGCUAUCGUAGCUACGUUUUGAAAUGCGACCGUGUGCCUCCAGGCUUGUCUAACGUUAUCAUAUGUCCUCUUAGCUAACGCUAAUUUAACGCUGUAUAAUUGUAUUUGUCUCAAAUUCUCAGCGACAUGGCCAGUAGGCGCCUGUCUGGCACGAUACUUUUUCAAUCAGUGAAGGAUGAAAACCACGUAGGCCCUCAACUAAAGCAUUCUAGUUAUAAAAUCGAAUUCAUUUCAUUAGCUAGCUAAAUUAAACCUGAUUCAUGUGGGUUUUGUCUGAGCUAGUUAACACUCUUGUGGAAUGUUCAACACUGAAAUGUACACGUUGCAUCUAUGCAAAAGUAGGAUUUGGUUGGCCGUUUGCGCUUUUAAGAUUAAUUCAACGUAAUUUACGUCGUGUUUGCAUAGGAAUAAAUGUAGUCUCCCUCUGAAUCAUUUGCAUUUGACUCCCAUUUUUUCAUAUUGACAUCCCCGCAAAUGCAUGCAUUCCACGGAGUCUUGGGUGUAUUUUAAAUAUUUCACCCAUACACGUUGGGGUAAUGCCUUUGUGAAAUUGUGAGCCAGAGGAUAUGAAGACAAUCUUUUCCAGUAGUUGUUCCCUUUUGCGUGCGUUUGACAGUGGAUAUCACUUCGUGGUCACACUGGAAUGCGUAGUCUGAUUAAAUGAAGUCACAAAAUAAAUAUCGCCUCUGGUGGUUGUGCUUUUUCCAGUGUCAUUUGUUUAACAAUGUUGCUUAACAGAAAUCAGGUGAUUUGUUUGGACCUUUCACUUUAAGUACUUCCUAAUAAUUCAUCUAAAAACAUUAUUUUCUCAGUGAUGCCUCAGCCUUGAUGUACAUUUGACUGAUUCGUUUUGUAGGUUAAAUGCAUGAAUAUAAUACAAUUACAAACAUGAGGCUGAUCAUUUUAAGGAGUGUCUUAACGUAUGCACCAUACCACAAUAUAGUACACAAGUUUGUGUAUUGUUAUGCAUUCAUUAUUUACUCUAGCAUCCCUACAUCAUCGAUAGCUUGCAUCCUUAUUCGGCUCAUAUACUUGGAAUAUACUGUUGACUCGCUCCACCUGCUGGUACAUUUCGGGACAACGGCAGUUCGCAAGAAUCUCUUCCUCUUCGGUUCAGUGAACAUUUAGGAGCUUAGUCCUCCACCGUCUAGGUGCUAGUCGGUCGGCCUUCGGUGUUAGUUUCCUUCCCUCCGUGACGGCAGCGGCUUUUCGAACUGGAGAACUGAUAACGACAGAUUAGCAAACUAGCAAGCUCAUUUACAUUGUACCCAUAGAUGUGAUAAAAAAAACAAAAACAUUUUAAAUUGCCUGAGAGGAAGUGUGUACACAUCAUCUGUGGCUGGCUGAGCUGAACCGGCUGGCCGACCUACUGUUUUCGGUCUUGGAGUCAGCAGCUGCCUUCCAGGCAUCACUGUGGGGAGGAAGGCACCUGGGUACAUAACCUACUGUACUGGUCAAACUUUGUGCUUGAAUAAAGAUGAAUUAAAUGUAGUAUGGCUCUCCCCCGCCCCACAAACACACACACAGACACACACCAUUCAUUAUCAGUGUUCACAGUACUGACCUGUGGCAUUUACGGUGCUCCCAUUUUAGGAGCAUUUGCUAUUGAAAAUAGAUCUUCGCUAACUUGGGAUGAUUUAAUGUCCUCCUACAUUUUUAUAUAUAUUUUUUAUCUUAGGAGCUCAUGUGUUCCUUGGGGGGGGUUAGCAUAGAUCCAUGCCUGUGGGUGUUGAGUUCACAGAGCUGUUUUGUUGGCGCUUUCAUCGCCUGAAGUGUUAAUUAUGGUGGAAUAUACCCUGGAAAACUGAUAAAAAAAACCUGCAGAAUGGCGUAAUGUAGUGGUUGAAAGGGGAAGGUCUUGGCCUGGAGGCCAAGGAGGAAUUCCAUGGUGGCUGUUCUGUCUCGGUUCAGAUGCAAAUUCCCGCCUCACAAAGUUUUUCCGUUCGUCUCAGUGCACAUUUCGGCUUGGCGUUGCGUGCCUCAUGAGCUGGAAGAUCCCUCAUUAUAUGGGCAUCGCUAGCUAGUCUGAUAUAAAAUGACUGUAUUUUCCUGCUGCCGUGGAGCUGGAAUAUGUGACAGGAAAAGGCGCCAGUGCAUAUAUCCCUUUGGGUGAUUUAAUUCACUUGGUUUAUUGUGCCGUAACUGAGUGUGUUCCCGGUCAGGUCGAGCCAAUGGAGGAGCACACAGUGCACCAGGCGGAUCACAUGACCCUGGAGGCUCACGCGGUGGGGCAGCAGGUGCAGCAGGUGCACGUGGCCACGUACACAGAGCACAGCAUGCUGAGCGCUGACGAAGACUCUCCCUCCUCGCCCGAGGACGACGCCUACGACGACUCCGACAUCCUCAACUCCACCGCCGCCGAUGAGGUCACCGCCCACCUGGCCGCCGCAGGCCCCGUUGGCAUGGCGGCGGCUGCUGCCGUGGCAACAGGAAAGAAGCGGAAAAGGCCGCACAUCUUCGAGUCGAACCCCUCCAUCCGAAAACGACAACAGACCCGCCUCCUCAGGAAGCUGAGGGCCACUCUGGACGAGUACACCACGCGGGUGGGGCAGCAGGCCAUCGUGCUGUGCAUCUCGCCCUCCAAACCCAACGCCGUCUUCAAAGUGUUUGGGGCCGCGCCCCUGGAGAAUGUGGUGAGGAAGUAUAAGAGCAUGAUCCUGGAGGACCUGGAGAACGCACUGGCCGAGCACGCCCCCCCUCCCCCAGAGCUGGGCUCUGAGCUGCCCCCCCUCACCAUCGACGGCAUCCCCGUGUCUGUGGACAAGAUGACGCAGGCCCAGCUCAGGGCGUUCAUCCCGGAGAUGCUGAAGUACUCGACGGGCCGGGGGAAGCCUGGCUGGGGGAAGGAGAGCUGCAAGCCGGUCUGGUGGCCCGACGACAUCCCCUGGGCCAACGUCCGCAGUGACGUACGCACAGAGGAGCAGAAACAGAGGCAGGUGUCGUGGACGCAGGCCCUCAGGACGAUAGUGAAGAACUGCUACAAGCAGCACGGGCGCGAGGACCUGCUGUACGCCUUCGAGGACCAGCAGGUCACCCAGCAACACAUCACCACGGCAGCCACACACAGCAUCGCGCACCUGGUCCCCUCCCAGACCGUGGUGCAGACAAUCAGCAACCCCGACGGCACUGUGUCCCUCAUACAACUCCCCGUACUGUACUCUCAGGUGGGGACCGGCGCUACCGUGGCGACGCUGGCCGACGCGUCCGAGCUGCCCACCACGGUAACCGUCGCCCAGGUGAACUACUCCCACGGUUACGGACGGAGAGGUGAGGGAGGGGCAGGCCUCGGACUCUCCUUGCUCAGGGGGUCUCGUGUUCCUCAAAUAUCCUGUAAUUAAGUCAUUGGCUUAUUU